UGGGAGGAGCAUGAAGGUGUUGCAUUUGAUGAGGCACGCUCAGGCCUAUCAUAACGUGGAUGGAGAUGUCAGCCUCCAUCGCCUCUUCUUCCGCGGCGAAUGGCGUCGCCUAACACCCGGCCUUCUUCUCCGCGUGCUGCGACCUUUGUUUAUCACAUGGUUUGUAACAUCUUUCCUUUGCAGCACAAAAUCCUCCAAGAAAUCCUUCGACGACGAUGAUCGGCUCUUCGAUGCCGUCCUCACUCCUGCUGGAUGGGAACAGGUGGCUACACUCCGCAAGAUCGUCCGAGAAGCUGGCCUUGAUCGCCGUAUCCAGCUCGUGACAGUUUCACCCAUGACGAGGACGUUGCAAACAGCUACAGGAGUUUUCCGUGGUGCCGACUAUGGAAGUGAUUCCAGCCUGCCUUUGGUUGCUGUGGAGCUAUGCCGAGAGCGCAUUAGCGCACGAACUUCUGACAGGAGACGGUCCAUCAGCAGCUACAAGGCACACUUUCCAUCCGUCGACUUCUCACAGAUCGAAGAAGAAAGUGACGUGCUGUGGAAUGCCGAGACAGCCGAAUCCCUGGCAGCGAUGCAGCAGCGGAUCAGACAGUUCCUGCAGUGGCUGUGGGAGCGUAAAGAGGAGGAGAUCGCGGUGGUUUCUCAUAGCAGUUUUAUGCGGAACAUGCUCAAGCGCUCCAACCUUGUCUCAAGACUGUCCUACUCACUCGAUCGGCGGAACUGGAUUUUGAGCUUGUGGACGCUGGAACAAGUAAGCUGUAAAAGCUUUAGGACUAAGAUCAACUACCUAGAAGCACAUGGGAAGUACUUUGCAAAUGCUUCGAGCAUUCUCUUUCGGUACUGCUUGGGAUGAAGUGCGCUGCGAGGCUUCCCAUCCAGAGUCUUCAACAGGGCGACGAAGGCGUGCUUGACAGGCGUGAAAUAGCGCAAGUAGUCAAUGAUCCCCACGACAAGCUCGUUCCUCCCCGGGACAUGGUAAACCAUAAGCGAGUAAUCGAAAACUUCAGCCUCCUGGAACAAGAAAAAAAGCUUUGAGA